AUGCGAAGAGCAGGGGAAUACCACGAGAAGCUGAUUCGUUCUCUGUUCUCUCUAUCUGUUUCUUCUGUUUCUUCUCUGCAGGAGGUAGAAGAAGAAGAACAGGAGGUAGAAGCUGAUGCGACGGCGACGGCGACGACGCUGGGGAAGAUGGCGCCGGCGCUGGAGAAGAUGGCGAUGGCGACGGCGCUUCUUGUCUCCAGGGCAGCCUCUCCACGAAGAAGAAGAUGGGGAAAUUUUUUUGGGAAUUAG